AUGUCGCAAUAUUUGAGUCUAGCUGUAUGUAUGAGACCCAUCUUGUUUACCCACCACACAUGCUAACUUUUUUUUCUUUUUUUUUUUUUGUUUUACAGCAGUUUAGUAAUGUUCAAGAACGCUUCAAUUUGGAGAGACUCAAGACAGAUUUCGCUUCAGUUCAACAAACAAUCAGCAAGUUGAGACCGCCACAGGAGUUCUUUGACUUUCGCCGCAUUUCCAAACCUGCCAAUUUCGGUGAAAUCCAGCAACGAGUCAGCUACAACUUGGGCUAUUUCUCAGCCAACUAUUUGACCAUUGUGGCGGUUUUGAGCAUCUACGCCUUGGCCACGAACUUGCUCUUGUUGUUUGUGCUUGCUUUUGUCAUUUUGGGCGUGUAUGGAAUCAGCAGAUUGGACGGCGAGGACUUGGUGCUUCCCUUUGGAAGAUUGAGCACGUCGCAGUUGUACACGGGUUUAUUGGUUGUUGCUGUUCCCUUGGGGUUUUUAGCUAGUCCCAUUUCGACCUUGAUGUGGUUGAUUGGCCUGAGCAUCGUUGGAGUUGGUGCUCAUGCUACCUUGAUGGAGAAGCCUAUCGAAACUGUGUUUGAGGAAGAAGUAUAA